CCGAAUCAGUCGCCGUUUGAUCCCAGACACUCGUAGUCUUGUUCCUUUUCUUUUCAUGACAAGCUUGCAUGAUUCUUUGUCCAUAAAUUGAGUUAGAAAUUCAUUCUUCUUCAGGUCAUGCCCGAGUUUCUUCUCCCUAAUCGCCAAUUGAUCUCUGAUUGACUUGAAACUUGCGCCUAUGCUUGACUUUAUGUGCUAGGACCUGAAAUGUGAAAAAGGAACACAACCUAAAAUAGGCCAAAGACGCGAUAAUUAAAUCUCAAACGAUUAAGAAACAAAGGGGAAAACAUGUGCAAAUAUCGAGUCAUCAAGAAUGAUCCAGGCAAACCGGCCGAAUCACCUGAUAGCUUUGCAGCAGUGGAUGGAGAUCAAUCUGUUGCUAAAGACGUGUUCUUUGUCUAUGACUUGGACGAUACAGACACUUCAGAUGAUGAAUAUCAUGCUUCAAGGGACAGAGGAAAAAAAAAACAUCUUCCAUCUCGUACUCGUCCUCGGACUCGCUGCUCAAAUGGCCGUCUAUGCGCUCCUCCGUAGCCAGUCUAGCUCGCUGUUGUCUCCUGAGUUGGCAACAGGUGCGUUCAACCUCUGGAUUCAACGACAGUAAACCUCGCGACUGGCUACGGGUCAUGCACUAUCUGCACACGAUCAAGCAAGCAAACCCGUGAAGGCACAAGUGGGACAAAGCAAACAAUGCGAAAAGAAAAGCUAAAUUAACAGAAAUCACUUUUCUUCAACAACCUAGCCGUCCCCGGCAACGGCGCCAAAAACUUGACUCACUCCUACUGUCACCCUAGAAAAUGGCCAUGUGAAACCACUUCCUAAGGCGUAGUAUAGCGGGUUUGGGUUUUAAUGUCAACCCGGGUCCUAGAUUUGAUGACUACUCGGUGAAUUCUUAUUAUCUAGCAGUGAAACUUUAGUGCAGGUCCAAAUUAACAAACAAGCAAAGCAACUAAACGGUUGUUUUCAGGUUAAGAGAGGUCCCCCGGAUAUGGUUCCCCCUAGACUGCAGUUAAGUCGGAUUGCAAUUACCAAGUUCAAUUUCUAUGAUAGUUAUACUGCGGAAGGUUCUUAAGCAGUCUGAAGUCUCGACUAAAGGUCUCCAGACCCUCUCAAUAUGAGUCUCUAGCGGGCGACUAACCUCCACCAGAGUAAACAGAUUGAGGCCCUAACGAACAAAACCUCCACUACCGAAGUGACUUCGGUACAGAAUAGUGAGUUGGCUCCUCGACUAAAGUCACCAACUCCCUACCUUCAAUCAAGGAUGCUCUAUCAACCUAGGCAGAUAUUCUCAUUCUAGGUUAAAGCAGAAACAACAGGAAUUUGAUCAGGAUUCAAGCCAUUCAAUCAUUCAAACCUCAAUUGAAUAUAAUCAAAUCAUAGAAUCAGUACUUGGGUUCAUACAAUCAGACCUAACAUACAAAUCUAGGGUUUCCCAUGCCCAGAUGAAUGGGAGAACUACGCCAUGGGGAAAGAAGCAAAAGCAGAUUCAGACGCGGAAAUCAUACUGUGAAGGAUGGAUUUCUGCUCCUGGACGUUGAUCGGCACUCCUCCAAGCUCAAGCCAAGCUCCAACGGUGAUGAAGAUCAAGCUAGGGCACUUGGGAACUCUUGUUCGUCGCUUUCUCUCUCUAGGAAUCGCUCUGUCUCUCUAAAACUCGAAUCCCCUUUCUGUUUUGGCUGAAAUGUGCUAAAAGGGCAUCACUGGGCAAAACACGGUCGAGGGCACGGCCGUGUUCUGCUCCAACCCGCCCGUGCCCUUGCCAAGUGUUAAAUACACGGCCCGACUUUUGGGGAAAACACGGGCGUGCUUUUGGUGGACACGGCCGUGUUCUGUCUCAAUCAUGCCCGUGUUUUGAUUUAGUGUUUGACAGACUCAAAUCAAGUCUCGGCAGUAAAAACACGGUCUAAGGAACACGGUCGUGCUUUAAUUUAGGCGUGCCCGUGUUUUGGCUCCAGCUCGACCGAAUGACUUCCGAAUGUCCCGAAACUCGUGCUUAGCCUUUCCUUCACCGUCUGGGACCUGAAAUAUGACAAAGUAGCACAACCCUGCGUAAAAUAGGCCAAAAAUACACGACUAUGCCCCUCAAACAGAUAAGAACUAGGGGUGCAAAUAUGUGCAAUUACAUCGUUAUCAACUCGCUACGACACAACUCCUAACAAAGGCCAAGUGUAACCAAUGAAAGAGACUGCAGUAUAGUGGCUCAAGUGAUAAAUAUCGAAUCCACGGGUCGAGAGUUACUAUUACUCAGCUUCAGUUUAUUAUUUAGCAAACCAGAUUAAGAUGAAAGAACUAAAACUACUCUAGCAAACUACAGUUAAAGUUAAUCUAAUCACAGGUUGGGAACUCAAUUAGGUAUGAUUCCCCCUAGCCACUAGCCAGACUAACGAUUGAUGAUUUCUAACUUGUUUCACUUUCAUUCACAAUGCGGAGAAUCCUUGACUAGACCUUAAGUCUCGACUAAAGGAACAAGGCCCUC